AUGGCAGAGCAGUUGCCAGAAGACGUAAUUGUUGAAAUUCUAAGUCGAUUACCAGCAAAGACAGUGAUGAGAAUGAAGCUUGUUUCAAAAGCAUGGCAUCAUCUCAUAUCUAACGUUUGUGCACUAAGAUUGUCAGCCGCUGCGGCAGCCCAUCCUCCUGGCUUCCUGUUCCUCUGUUCUGUUUCCAAAUUUUUGCGGCCUUCGGAAUACGAUAUUGCUGGAUAUGCUUGCUAUCCUGAUGGCCAUGAUUGUUCGGCCAAUAGUGACGGAUUUGUGGAUGCAUAUUCUAGUCUGUUGCCCUUCAAGCUUUCUACUGACCAUUAUUUUGAUUGUUGUAAUGGGUUGCUUUUGUUUACUAGAAGAGAAAUUCAAGAGAAUUCUCUGUAUUAUUAUGUUUGCAACCCCACUACCAAACAAUGUGUUGCAAUUCCCAAUCCCCGUCCACGCACUUAUCCUUUCUCUGCUUCACUCGCCUUUGAUCCUGCCAAAUCUCCUCACUACAAAGUUGUUCGCUUUCUUUAUCCCGAAGAAAUAGUUUCUAGCCCUGUAAAGUUGGAUAUAUUUUCUUCUGAUACUGGAAAGUGGGUUAGGCGCAGUGCCAUGUUAUCCAUUCAACUUCCUCCUCCUCCAGCAGGUUGGAAUAGUUGUAUUAGGCGUUCAAUUUAUUUGGAUGGAAGGAUAUACAAGCUAUCCGUCGUUAACUACCUCCUAAGGUUUGACUUAAAUGCGCACAGUGAUGUGGCUAUUGAACUCCCGCACAAGAAAGUCACUCGUUGUUAUGGAUUCAUCGGGACGUCUAGAGGAAGCUUGUAUUAUUCAAAUCAUGACGAGUCUAGAUUGAUGAUCUCCUUCUGGCUUUUGGAAGAUCGUUGCCAAGGUGAUCCCUUUUGGACACUCAGACAUCGUGUCUCAAUGGAUUACUUGACGUCCAAAUAUCCUGAAGUGCAUAAUUCAAGCUUUCAUUUUGAUGCCUAUGCUAUUCAUCCAGCAGCUGAUAUUGUUUUUCUUGGAAUCCAUAACAUGGUCUUAAGUUACGAUCUUAAAACCAACAAAUUCGAAGAGGUUUUUAAAAUGAAUAAGCAAACAAAGAUAGUGUGCGGCCAGCAUUUUGUACACCUCUUCUCUCCCUGUUAUGCUGUUUUGAGUGAUUUUAGCAAUAAUUAA